GGCUCUGGGCCGGAUGCAGUCUAGGUCUGAGCCCUGCUGGUCCGAGCUGGGCUGGGGUCUCUGGCUUUGCAUUCAUGGCGGUCCCUAGCAAGGCAGUGAUUGUUCCCGGGAACGGAGGCGGGGAUGUGGCCACCCACGGCUGGUACGGGUGGGUGAAAAAGAGGCUGGAGCAGAUUCCUGGUUUCCAGUGUUUGGCUAAAAACAUGCCUGACCCAAUUACAGCCCGAGAGAGCAUCUGGCUGCCCUUCAUGGAGACAGAGCUGCACUGUGAUGAGAAGACCAUCAUCAUAGGCCACAGCUCCGGGGCCAUCGCAGCCAUGAGGUAUGCAGAGACACAUCAGGUAUAUGCCCUUGUAUUGGUGUCUGCGUACACGUCAGACUUGGGGGAUGAAAACGAGCGUGCAAGUGGGUACUUCAGCCGCCCCUGGCAGUGGGAGAAGAUCAAGGCCAACUGCCCUCACAUUGUACAGUUUGGCUCCACUGAUGACCCCUUCCUUCCCUGGAAGGAACAAGAAGAAGUGGCAGAUAGGCUGGACGCCAAACUGUACAAGUUCACCGACCGUGGUCACUUUCAGAACACAGAGUUUAAUGAACUGAUUAGUGUGGUGAAGUCUAUGCUGAAAGUACCAGAAUAGUCAGGAUGACGCCUGCCCUGUAACAUGCCAGGAUGGGGUAGAAGAGCAUCUGUUAUCCCAGUACUAGACAUAUAAUGUCCGGUUAAGUGCCUGAAAAACAAUCCUGUUUGAACACUCACCCUAAGUCACUAGCAUCUUCAGUUCCCAUAGGACUUGAAUCUUCUUGAAAAGCUGUAACUAUAGCAGUAUUUUUCCUUGUAUUGAUAAGGGACACAGAGGGAGUUUGUUUAGCUAUCCUGUUGAUCCAGAGAGUAAGUCUGAAGUAGAACCAGACAUGGUGUUGUGUCCCUGUAAUCCCAGCACUUCAGAAGAGAAAGCAGGGGACCAGGAGAUGAAGGCUAGCCUCACCCUGUCUCAGAAAAGAAAGAACAAAUAGACCCAGGUAUCCUGAGUCUCAAUCCAAAUUAUAACUCAGUAGCUUUUGCAAGGUGUUACCCACUCAUGAGACCCUAGUACUUGGGAAGCUGAAGGUGGAUCUUGAAUUUGCCUACCUAUGCUAAAUAUUUAGCAAAACUGUCUCAAGAAAAAAAAAAAAAGAAGAAAAACUAAACAGGUUUUCAUACAAAGUAUAUGAGUGACAUCUUUUCCUUUUUGAAGUAAAAUUUUUCUGUUACUGGGGGAAGUAAACAUGAUUAAAGGUCCAAAAUGUUCUUAGAACUCAAAACUCUAGCUGUUGCUUCAAGCUGGCUCAGGGUAGUAAACUCAAACUUGGGUCUUCAUCACUCAAAUCCCUGACCCCACCCCACUUCCUAGGUCCUUCUGACAGGUUGAGGGACCAACAUAUAAGGAUGCGAGUCAGGAA